CCAUGGGAAACUGGGAUCCACAUCCACUCCACCUUCCCCUUUCUAUCUAUUUAAACUGCUUCCGCCAUUCCUUCACUUCCAUCUCCCACCCCCUUCGCUUCCUCAUCUCGUUUCUCUCCAGGUAUCAAAUAUAUCAAACAAAGAAGAACCCUGUUUUAUGGUCUACUCUGAAUUUUGAUCGUUGAGAACCGCCACUGCUGUAGACAAGAUGAUGGAAAACGUCUUCUUCAGCUCUCUCUGCUUUUCCCUCUUCUUCUGUUUCGGGUUUUUCUUCAAUUGGGUGUCCUCACAAACUGGACCAGAACGUGCUGCCCUCCCCCCGAGAGGUUGGAACUCCUAUGACUCAUUUUCCUGGAUUAUUUCUGAGGAAGAAUUCCUACAAAAUGCAGAAAUUGUUGCCAAUCGGCUUAAACCUAUGGGAUAUGAGUACGUGGUUGCGGAUUACCUCUGGUAUAGGAAAAAGGUUCCAGGUGCUUACACUGAUUCUCUUGGAUUUGAUGUGAUUGAUGAAUGGGGGAGGAUGGUCCCGGACCCGGUUCGGUGGCCUUCCUCUCAAGGUGGAAAGGGAUUCUCCAAAGUAGCUAAGAAAGUUCAUGAUAUGGGUUUGAAGUUUGGAAUUCAUGUCAUGAGAGGAAUAAGUACACAGGCAGUAAAUGCCAACACUCCUAUAUUGGACAUUUCAAAGGGAGAUGCCUAUGUUGAAUCCGGGAGAAAGUGGUUUGCAAGUGAUAUAGGGAUUAAGUCUAGGGCUUGUGGAUGGAUGCAUAAUGGUUUCAUGAGUGUAAACGUUAAGUCGGGAGCUGGAAAAGCCUUCUUAAGGUCCCUGUAUCAACAAUAUGCUGAUUGGGGUGUUGAUUUUGUAAAACAUGAUUGUAUCUUUGGCGAUGAUUUGGAUUUAGAUGAAAUAACCUUUGUCUCUGAUGUUCUUAAACAACUUAACAGCACAAUAUUGUAUUCUCUGUCCCCUGGAACAAGUGUGACGCCAGCCAUGGCCAAGGCUGUAAGUGGGCUGGCUAAUAUGUAUAGAAUAACAGGUGAUGAUUGGGAUUCUUGGAAUGACAUCGUUUCUCACUUUGACGUUACCCGGGAUUUUUCUACUGCUAAUAUGAUAGGUACCGCAGGCUUGCUGGGUAAAUCAUGGCCUGAUUUAGAUAUGCUUCCACUGGGAUGGCUUACUGAUCCAGGUUCAAACAAUGGCCCACAUAGGACAACCAACCUCAACAUAAAUGAACAAAUAACUCAGAUGACUUUAUGGUCUAUGUCCAAGUCUCCAAUUAUGUAUGGAGGAGAUUUGAGGAAUAUGGACAAUAUCACCCUUAGUAUCAUCACAAAUCCUACCAUACUAGAGAUUAACUCCUUUAGCUCAAAUAAUAUGGAGUUUCUUAAAAUUUCUACAUCAAAGGUUUCAAACAGAAGAGAGCAGAUUGAGAAAUGGCAUUCCAGACAUUUGGAGGCAUCAGCUUCACCUAUACUGGGUCUCACCAAAUGUGCAUAUUCAGACACAGCUGGUUGGAUUAGCGAAAGUCUCAAUCGAGGUGUUGAAAAAAUAUGCUGGAAGGCAAAUCAGGAACAUGAAUAUCGAACCCCAUUUUGUCUAUACAAACGAGGAUCUCGAGUUGCAAUAGAUAAAGAGGCAACUACUCGCCAUGAUCAAGUGGAACUUCUAUCAUUUCCAACUAGCACGGUGGAUGUUUGCUUGGAUGCUACACCCAAAAGAAAGCGUAGUUAUGAAGAGCUCACGAGGGGUUCAUUUUUCCCCUGUAGGAGGCACGAGAAUCAGAAAUGGGAUUUAUACGCUAAUGGGACAUUGGCAAACCAUUAUUCGGGGCAUUGUGCAAUUGUGAAGUAUAACCAAGCCAAAGCUAUUCCGACCGGAGUUCGCUCUUGGGUCGCAACAGGAAGAGGAGGUGAGAUAUAUGUUGCUUUCUUCAAUCUGAACAAUGUGAAGACUGUUAUAUCCACAAAGAUUUUGGACCUCGCUGAGGUACUUCCAGGCAAGAAAUUGGGUCAGACUUCAUGUAAAUGCAGAGAGGAAUGGUCUGGACAAGACUUUGGAGUGAUCUCAGAGUCAAUAGCUGCACCAGUUGAAGGCCAUGGUUCUGCACUAUUUAUCAUCAAUUGUAGCUAGUCCAACUGCGUUAUGAAAACAGUUAAUUCCUCUGGAAUUUGCUUACAUUCUCUUUUCGAGUACGAUAUGUAUGGCGAGAAAAUGAUAGCUAAAUAACAAAUAGUUUAUUAUUGCGAUGUCCUCUUUGAAGCAAAUUCCUGGAGCUCUCAUAAAUCUGUACUUUGUACUUUCUCAUAUCAAUCCAACUCUCUUCUCUGUGUAAAA